GUACUUCGCAUCAGCUCAGCGCUGUUUACAGGCGCCCGUGAGCGGAGGAUGUGAACCCGGUAACGAAAACACGUAGCCGAAACGCCGAGUCGCAUGUUCUCCUGUGGCGCUUUAUCCCGGGAUUCUUCAGUUAGUGUAUUUUGAGCAUACAGUUAGUGUAUUUUGAGUCACCGACUUCAGAGUGCCUCCUUUGUGGCUUGUUCAUGGGGAAGCCGAGCUUACUCGUGGCUUUAAUAUGAGAGGCGCGGACGAGGGCAAAAGUGAAGUGCGGACCUGUAGUCCUUAACCCACGGUUCUUCAGGUUUUCAUCAUCAACUUCAUGGAGAGAGAGAAAAGCUUUCCAAGUGUACAUUAGCAAUUUUCGUCUGGAAGUCAAGAGUCAAAAUAAACAAUAUCUUGAUGAUCAGCUAGAUUUUGGCAUUUAAAGACUGGCUUGCAGCAAGUACAUAACUGCAGCAUCUAUUGGCUGCCAAUCAUUAGUGGGGUAACACCGGCGGCUAGCCAUCAGAGAUUUGUGAAUAGUGGCUAACCACUAAUAUUAGGUGGUUAGCGUGUGGUGUCCAUUAGAAUUUCUGUGGGCGUUUCGAGUGUAGAAGACGCGAAUGGGACACGCCAGCCUUUCCAGAUGGCCUGAAUGGGAGAAGGAGUGAGCAUGGACAACCUUUCGGAGUUUGGAGGCCUUUGUCCGUCCACCCGGAGGGAAUGGGACACAGGCAGCUGCGUGGAUGAUUUAAUGGAUGAAGAUGAGAAGGACAGAGCAAAAAGAGCAUCCCGUAAUAAAUCAGAGAAGAAGAGAAGAGACCAGUUCAAUGUUCUCAUUAAAGAGCUGUGUACAAUGCUGCAGGGUCAAGGUCACCCCCGCAAGAUGGACAAAUCCACCAUCCUGCAGAGGACCAUUGACUUCCUGCAGAAACAGAAAGAGAUCACGGCGCAAACAGAAUCUUGUGAGGUCCGGCAGGACUGGAAGCCUUCUUUCCUCAGCAACGAGGAAUUCACCCAGUUAAUGCUGGAGGCAUUGGAUGGUUUCCUAAUAGCUCUUACCACUGAUGGGAACAUCAUAUAUGUAUCUGACAGCGUCUCGUCUCUCAUUGGUCAUUUGCCGUCAGAUAUGGUGGACCAGAAUAUUUUGAACUUCCUGCCAGAACGAGAGCACGGGGAGGUGUAUAAACUUCUGUCAUCACACAUGCUCUUGACGGAGCCUUCUGCUGUGGACUUACUCAACAGCAAUGAGACACACGUUGAGUUCUGCUGUCAUUUAGCAAGGGGGAACAUUGACCCGAAAGAACCACCCACGUACGAAUAUGUCAAAUUUGUUGGAGACUUCAAGUUUCAUAAUAAUGUGCCUCUGUCCUCAUGUAACGGUUAUGAGCUGGCAUUCCCGCGCACGCUGCAGUCCUCACUAGAGGAACAGAUCUGUCUUGUAGCCACAGUGAGACUUGUGACGCCUCAAUUCCUAAAGGAUCUGUGCAACGUGGAGGAUGUGUGUGAUGAAUUCACAUCAAGACACAGUCUGGAAUGGAAAUUUCUCUUCUUAGAUCACAGGGCUUCUCCUAUCAUUGGGUACCUGCCAUUUGAGGUUUUGGGGACCUCGGGUUACGAUUACUACCAUGUGGACGACCUGGAGCUGAUUGCUCAGUGUCAUAAGCAAUUGAUGCAGUGUGGGAAAGGAAAAUCCUGUUACUAUCGGUUUCUGACUAAAGGGCAGCAGUGGAUCUGGCUACAGACACACUAUUACAUCACAUACCACCAGUGGAACUCCAAACCAGAGUUUAUCGUCUGUACACACAGUGUGGUCAGCUAUGCUGAGGUUCGAGCAGAGAGGAGGAGAGAGUAUGGAUUGGAGGAAACCUCCUCUGAUAUGGCAACAUCCUCAAUCAAGGGGCAGGAGGUGUUUUUGGACAUGUGUCCUCCUAUGGAUGCUCCACGGGAAAGAAUCAGCAGCGCUCGAUCGGUAUCAUCGCAGAGCUCUAGAAAAUCAUCACACACAGCACUGUCUGACUCUGCGUCAAACUCCUCGGUGAGGUACACAGAAGCUUGCACGUCGUCACGGCAGUCUGCUUCCAUUGGUCCUGAGAAGACUUCCAACAGAAUGCCACAUAGUGGAUCAAAGACCCUGAUUCAGAGGCAGAGCUCCUCUGAGCCCACGUCACUCUCCCCCUCCUGCAGUCAGCAUUCCACUAUGACACAGUCUCUGUACGGAUUCCAGCAGCCUCAGUUAGGCGUCAUGCAUCAGCUGAAAGAGCAGCUAGAGGAGCGAACACGCAUCCUGCAGGCCGACAUCAAAACGCAACAACAAGAGCUGCACGACAUUAAAGAGAAACUACAACUCGCUAAUCUACAGAUGUUACUCCAGCAGCCAAUACAGGGAGAGUUUGCCUCUUCUGGUCUGCAGCAGCAGCAGCAGCAGCAGCAACAGGGUCCAGGCAGGCCGUCCCAACACAGCACCCACCCCAAACCUCAACACUGUGUUUCACAUUCAUCACACACACUGCUCAGAGAACAGCCCAGUAGCUCAUCUGCUCAGGUGCAGCAGAGACUGGUUCAGACUGGACACAUGCAGGCCGUCAGUGUUCCAAUGCAGACACACACCAGUCUCACCACACCCUUCUAUAGCAACCCAAUGAUGUUCUCACCUAACCACGGACACCGAACUCAACACGACACACACUGCCAAAGACACACACACACCGACUACAGCCAGGAUGGACAGCUACGGAUGCUACUAAACCAACCAAUGCAGACGCUUGUACCAGAGAGCAAUGGGGGGACCCAAUCUUCCCAAUGCAGCUCAACAACUAUUCAGCAAACCAAAUAUCCUCUGGACCAGCAGAUGAUGGCUCCUUCGUUCCCUGUGCAGCAGGUGAAUUGUAACGCUGUGCUUGUCCCCUCCCCCGUCUUCACCUCGCCAAUCAUGAUCCCCCAUAAUAGUUUCAUCACCCAUCAAGCCACGCCCACCUACACGACUCACCCGUCGGCUGCCCCACACGGCUUACCACUACAACAACCUCAGCAGUUCUUUCAGAUGCAGCCUCAGGGUCUGAUUCACAGCACACCCACUCAGGCCUUAUUCCACACCCCCAGCGUUCCGCAGCAAAGCACUGUGGGAUACGUACAGCCACAACAGCAGCAGCAGCAACAACAACAACAGCAGCAACAGCAGCACCAUCACUCACAGUCCGGCAACCUGUCGGACUACAGAAACAUGCUCCCACGGUAGCCCCGCCACGUGGGAAAAGCCAAGAGGUUGCCAGGAAAGCGCGCUGAGCGUUUAGCUCUGAAAGGCAUGAUGGGAAGGGACUCUCUCGGCUCAGGGGAAGGCUCACUCCCGAGCCAAACCAAAAUCGAGAAAGCCAAAGUCCCUCAAAGUUCCCAUGACAGCAAAUGAUGGUGAUAACACCACGAGGCCCAAGGACUCUGCACGCAGAGGAUGCUGGGAUACGUAGGAGGAGCCCGCAGGGUCGUGACCCAUCUGUUUUUCGCGUAGACAGGGGUCACAAAGCAGUCGAGCAGGUGCUUUGAACGAUACGUAAAGGACAGAAAGCUGUGGAGGGUUUUUGGUACUAUAACGUUGCAGUUAUCUGGACUUUUCAACACAAACCUACACAAAGUCGACGAAUCAAGUAAUGCCUUGACAGAGCGUAAACUCCGCUGCAUGUGUUCUGUCCUCAAACUAAAAAGAGAAAUCGGCCCACCAAGAAGAAGAAAAAUCACAGUUAUGAACUGCUUUUCACGCAUCAUAUUUCAUGUGUGCGCUGAUGGGAGAAGCUGGGCAUAAUUCAGCUAAAACCCAAAAAUCUUUCAAAACAAAUUUGGCUGUUAUGAUGUCUAGAGCAGGUUUCGAUCCCCUCCUGUAGUUAUGUUAACGCUAACGUAAAGAAACUUGAAUCACAUUGUAUAUUUCAAAUAUUUAAGAACAAGUUCGCACUAGGGCAAACUUUCCUACUGCUCAAUCCCUGUUACUCUUUCUCGAGCCACUGUACUGUACUGUACAUAUAGUUUCUUCACAUAUUGAGUUGCGGCUCAUCAUAUUUCAGUACUUUUAUUUCAGAUUUAGAUUGGCAUCUAAACAUAGCUCGUCAGGAGGUUUCAGAUGUGCAUGUGGUCCUCAUGUCCACACAGUAGAUCUACAUCGAUUAUGAGCACAACAGGUGUGCUUUAAUAUUUAGUUUCAGUAUUACACAGGGAUGAAGCUCUGUCUAAUUUAUGCUUCGUAGAAGAGGGAUUUUGUGAUUGUUUUACGGUGGUGGGCGCAAGUGCCGCAGCAGUUAAACUGCAAAAAUGAAGAUGUAAAAUAAGAUAAUAAUGCAGGGUGAAUGAUUGAAGACAAUCAUAAUGUCAGGGCUGCAGAAAUGGAAAUGUUCUCAUCUGCCUGUCACUUUGGCAAAGUGUUUCACAAAUAUUAGUAAAAAAACACUUGUUUUAAUUUAUUCCCAUUCCCAAUUUUUAAAAUGAUUUUCGGGGAGAUGAUGUAGACGUGUUCGUGUCAGGCAAAGGGCGAAGUUUUUUGAUGUUCUGGAAAGUUGUGAACACUCACAGACACGCGAAUAGGAAAAAAUCUGACAAUCUGAAAAAAAUGUUAUUUUUUUUUCUUCGCUGGGACUUCAAGCUGCACUUUCCUUCAUCAUGUCACGCAUAGCACAUUUAAAGACUGGUGCUGAUUAUUUUAUUUUUUUAAAACAAAGAAAAUUCUGUUUAAGAUGGUCUAAGAUCAUGUGCCCUUCUGCAUGUUGUGCAAUGCAAAACAAAAACAAGAAUGUGUGUAAUUUAUACUUAUCGACGAGAUUUUUGUUUUCAGACAGGUAUGUUUUCUUGUAUUAGCAAGAAACGCUUCGUAUUAGUGCAGUUUGAAUGAAAACAGAAAGUAUUUUUGUACAAAAACGAUCCUUGACAUUCCUUCAGACAUGUACAGAAGUGUGAAACUCCCUGACGCUCUCAGGUCUUGCUCAUCUUUAGAUCAAAUCCGAUGUUUCAGAUACUACAAACUACACUCCAGAGAUUGUUUUUACUUACAUUAUCAAAUCUUCCAUUCCCAAGAGUUCAUUUACAUCCCCGUCCUGCCCAGCUGAAGCAUUUCUAAGUGUUUGUGAAUCAACUGGUUCAUCUCAGCAUUUCGUUCUGCCUCCCUGGAGUCGCACUAGAAAAGACGAGGAAGGUGUUCGGUGUGUUUGUCUUUUAGACACUGUGUUUCAGAGUACAGGGUGUUUUUGCAUCAGUGCCUCCCAUUUAUCACCUUCUGCUGCUCUGAGAUUAUCUUUGGGUCUCACGAAUGCUCUCUUAACAUGAGAGAAAGUACACUUCGAGUCAGAUUUAACUGUAGAUUUUAGGUUACUCCACCUACGAAUCCAUCUCAAGUGUUUUCGAACACUGUAGCUGGUCUAAGCUGCUUACUAGGUGGUCAUUGGCUGCUCCAAGAUGACCAGCAACAACCAGAUUUUUGGAGGAGCUAUAAAAGAGUUUCCAUUUUCCUAAAGCAGUUCAAUCUGGGUUAGUAAACAUUGCUUUCAAAAUGAGUAGGACAAAUAAAUCCAAAGGUUGCAACUUUAAGCCAGUCGCCAUUGUGAUGGCCAUUUUAGUGUCGUCGUCCUCCGAAUAAAAACUAGCUGCUUCGCCCUUCAUUUAAUGCCAAUUUGUGGUGUUUUCAUGAGUUGUUUUGCCAUCCAGGCUCCAACAUUUAGUCUCUUGAGUUAAAGGUUUGAUUAUUUUGCAGACAUGCAGGUGUUUUUGUCUUUGCGCUCUUUGUGUUCAUUGAUUGAGUUGUGAAUGGUAGAUGAAAACUGUACUGACUUUCUCAUCUUUCUCUUUUUGUUCUGUGAAACUAUGCUCUGGUUGUGGAGACUGCACUUUAUUCUUUUUCCCUUCUUUAUUGUCUCUUUUGCUUUGUGCUCUCUCUCUUAUUCUCUCUGGCCUGAAUUUCUCCCCAAAAGUGUCUGUUCUGAUGAGGUUUUAGGCCUCGUGGAUUUGUGAGUGUGUGUGUGUUAUGUGUGUGUUGUGAGUGUUCUAUGUGUUACCUGAACGGGUGACAUCAGGUGACGUCGUCAAUGCAUUUAUAUUCUACCAGGUGAGGGGAAGAGAUGGAAAACAUCACCUGGUAUAAACAGCCAUCUCUGCUGAUACUCUGCAGAAAAUAUAUGGAAGAUAUUGUAAUAUAAGAUAUACAAAAAAGUUUAGAAAAAAUAUAGUUGUUUAUUUUAUAAGAUGUCAAAUAGAUUGAAAUAAAUUUAUAUACAGUGUAUGAUUUGAAAGUAAAAACAGAGGUAUUUUGUAACAGAUUAAUUAUUGAAGUGUCUUACUUUGGGGGGGGAUGUAAAGCUUUCUGUUUGUCAGUUCAGCGAGUUGAUGUUGCACAGUCGAUGUAUGGCUUGUUUUUCCCCCUUUUAUUCUUCUGUGUACAUAUACCAUCACAACAAGCUUUAACAUAUUGUUAAUAUUGUUUUAAAAGAAAUUAAUAAUAAAAAAAGUUUACAUUCUGAAA